UUAAAGUGCUACAGUUUCUUAGAAGCUACAAUUGUACAUGCUAGCUACAGUAUGUUAGCUACAGCAUGCAAGUUGUCCGUCCCGUUGAUUCGUCAAUAUUCGCCUCUUUCCGUCACGGCCACGAAGUUGUCCCAUUGGCUCCAACUGUCUGCCCGCGGCGGAGAAGGGAGAGGAGGCGGUGGUGAGCAGCAGCUCAAUGACGGCAGAAGCAGUGUUGACAGUUGAGAGCCGACACAGCCCACACCUGGGACUCACGCAGGCCUAGCUAUAUCCGAAACAACGUGAAUGUGUCAAGGGAAAGACGGGGUGCGAGACAUCGCUAAUGCUUGCACCGCCUGCGAGAUGUUACGGACCGGGUGCGGACUGCGUGACAAUACGGCGCGGUGUCGAAGCGGAGCGGACGCACCGAGCGGAACCAGUAGUACAAGUAAAUAAAUAUAUGGGUUAACUCUCUACAGGCACUUCCUGGGAACACACAUUAUAUUAGAAAGGAAGAUUAGGUCGGUGAAUUCCUGGAAACACGGAGUCCAGAAUGGAAAAUGUAGCGCUUGUAGGCUGGGGUUUAUUCUCAGAAGUUGACGCUCAGACUUCGGCUUCCAGCGGCGUGUAGGAGGCUCGUGUGCCAGUGAACCACCAUCCGUCUUGCACGUUUGACAGAUAGCCAAUCAAAUCUGUUAUUCAAAUCGCUGCUGUUAUGUCAGUGACCUAUAUCCCCGGCAUGAACGCCAAAAUCCAGCAGUAACCUCCCCUCCAGUCCAGACAGCAUGGGGAUCAACGGGAUAGAGAUUCAAGCGAAGCCGUCCACAGAGAAGUCCCGGACGGAGCAGCCGGGCGCAGAGCCUCAGAUGGAGCCGAGAGAUGCUCCCUCGGAGGCGGACGGCAGCAAGCCGGCGGGCAGCGAGUGUAAAAUCGCGAAGGAGGAUAAUGCCGUGCAACUGAUAGACGGAGAGUCCAAGCCUACUUUCUCCGCCUCUCCUGAUGCUGAAGCUGGGGUGCAGCUGGAGAUGCACGGCCAGGGACCCGGAUUUGUCCCGCCAGAAGGAGGCUGGGGCUGGCUCGUGGUUUUUGCUGCAACCUGGUGCAACGGGUCCAUCUUCGGGAUUCAGAACUCUUUCGGAAUCCUCCAUACGAUGCUGGUGAAGGAGCACACAGACCCGGAGGACCAAACCUCCCAGUUCAAAGUGGCCUGGGUCGGGGCCCUGGCCAUGGGCAUGAUCUUUUUCUGCUCUCCUGUGGUCAGCAUGUUCACGGACCACUUUGGCUGCAGGAAGACCGCUGUCUGUGGGGCGGCAGUGGCUUUUAUAGGCCUCCUCACAACAUCAUUUGCAAACUCCCUAAUCCUUCGCUACUUCACAUAUGGGAUAUUGUUCGGUUGUGGCUCUUCCUUUGCCUUCCAGCCGUCGUUAGUGAUCCUCGGUCACUACUUCCGGCAGCGACUGGGCCUGGCCAACGGUGUGGUGACUGCCGGAGCCAGCCUCUUCUCCAUGGGACUGCCAGUUCUUCUGGACAAAUUGAUUGAACCUCUGGGUCUUAGCAGAACCUUCCAGAUUCUCAGCCUCUUCAUGCUGGUGCAGGCCCUGCUGGCAUUAACAUUCAAACCUUUACUUCCCACCGGGGGAGGCAUGGGCCCACCGGGGAUGGGCCCCGGCCCUGCUGAAGCUCAGACCCAGACCCAGGCCUCGGCUCAGGGGAUGAGCAAGUGGAGCAAGGUCAUUGCUGGGGUUAGGAAGUACUUCAACCUGCGUGUGUUUCACAUUGUGACAUACCGGGUGUGGGCGUUCGGAGUAGCAACAGCUGUGCUGGGAUACUUUGUGCCAUAUAUCCAUCUGAUCAACUUUGUGAAGGAAAAGUUCAAAGAGAAUGAACAGGAAUGGGUGCUGCUGGUUUGCAUUGGAGCGUCGUCGGGGGUGGGACGACUUGCCUUUGGAAAGAUCGGAGACCUCAUUCCUGGUCUACGGAAGAUCUACAUGCAGGUGGCGUCCUUUAUGGCCCUGGGCCUCAUGUCCAUGAUGAUUCCUCAGUGCGCGGUGUUCGAGGGGCUGGUGGUGGUGUGUGUGUUCCUGGGGCUUUGUGAUGGUUGCUUCCUCACCAUGAUGGCUCCCAUCGCCUUUGAGCUGGUGGGCCCCAUGCAGGCCUCUCAAGCCAUAGGUUACCUUCUGGGCCUUAUGUCCCUCCCAAUGACGGCAGGUCCACCAAUUGCAGGUCUUCUUCAUGGCUACUUUGGCGACUACACAGUAGCUUUCUCCCUGGCUGGGGUACCUCCUAUGAUUGGGGGCGUGGUGCUGUUUUUUGUGCCCCUGAUCCACCGCAGGAUCCAGCAAAACCAGGCGUCGCCUGAGGAGACGUCGACGACUGCCCACAUGUUGCCCACCACCCCACCUGCUGGGGAACCCAAGAGCUGCUCCAACGGAGAGAUCCUGCCUGGUUAUACAGACGUAGAGACACACAUCUGAGUCGCGUCUUACAAAGGGAUUCAGCCCACCAGCACUUUUUUCAUCCCUUGAAUCGCCUGUAUCGCUCACAGAAGUCUCACCUUUGGACUUCAUUUCUGGUUUACCUUUAAUCUCUAACCCUUCCAAAUCUCUGCCGGUUGUUUGCUUUUUUCUUUCUUUCUUUUUUUGUGCAAAGAAAAGUUCAGAAGCGCACGCCAGCCAGAACCAGCAUGGAGGGCCAGAAGAUGGGGGUUGAGCGCUGGAUGAACGCAACAAAUUCUCAACGAGAAGAGUUUUCUCAUCAGAACUGUGUGAAAACACACAAACCUCCAAGGAGGAGGGGGAGAAGAGAGAUCAGCAGUAGAUUCAUUUAUCUUACAAUCAUUUUAUUUUUUAGUCUUUUAAAUAAAUUCAUUCUUAACAUGAAAAGCUAGACAAGAGAUGCAUUUUCUAUGCAAUCUCUGCAGUUUCUAUGUAUUGAACCUCGUACAUAUAUGUUGAGAGCGCAUCCAUUUUAUCUAGUUUGUGUUGCCUAAACAGUCUUACUUUCAUGGGUUUCUAGCUUAUUCUGCAGCGUCUGCUUUCUUUCCAAACCACCAGUAAACGGGCUAUUCCUCUCACAGAUGAGCCACUAAACACAAUCACCUCGUAUUAGCUGCAGACAACUUUUAGGUCCUGACCUUUACGCUGUAGGAGCAGGUGGGGUCAGAAUCGUCAGCAGAGCGUCUUCGAUCUCCUCUUUCAGGAGACAGAUGUGUAGAUCUGGCAGCUGGUAGUAUGUUACAUGUUUGUUUUCGGUUUUCUCUUUUCAAUUUUGAUCCGUUCCUUCUCACUGCAUGGGUACAAGUUUAGUUUUACAGUCAAAUGUAUAAUAGGUUGAGCAUAUUAUUGAUAUGUAAUCAUCAAACCUUCCGCUGUGCUGUCUUUUCUACGUUUAAUAAGGUGCUAGAUAAAUCUGCUUUCACUAUGUUUCUGAUAGCUUUGAAAAAUAAUCAACUGUUACUUUAUUUUGCUGCUUUAGUGUAAAGGAAUUCAAUUAUGGAGUUGUUAAGAGAAUCUAGUAUUCCUUCAGUAAUCUUUUUUUAUUUCCAAUACUUUAGAAUAAUGUUAAAGUUGAAACAUUUUCUUUUUUAAAUGCGUGUUACUGUUCGUGCACACACAAGGUUAAUUACUGAUAGACAUCUGAGCUACAAUAGUGUAACAUUUAUAGAUCAGUAAAUAACACUAAUCACCUGUUGUGAUACUUUUCAGUGCAUUUAAAAACAUAAGAUUACUCAACUCUGACUUUUAAACAUCAUAUAUAAUAAUUUUACACCUUCUCCUUUUGAGCUGUGUUUUGAAUUGUUGCUUUUAAUGGCUAAAUUCAUUUUUAUGACCUAAAUAGAGAAAUAAUAUGGAGAAAAGAAAAACGAGAAAAAAAAUGAGAGACAAAAGUUACCAAAGACUGAUAUUGUUACUUCUGUAACACCAAACUGGCAUUGAAACAAACAAUAUCCACUCAAGACAAUAGAACGGUAUCCUGAGAUACUCAUCAAACCGUCACCCUAUGAAGGGAUUCUAAAGCCCUCCUGUGACCCCCUUCUACCUGUAACCUGCAGGAUUGCGGCAAAAACUGUAAUUGUAAACACUAAAAUUCUGUCAGGAUUAAUUUUACAUAUUUAAAUUUUUCCUCUGGUUCUGACCAGUCCUGCUACUACAAUGCAAACUAUCACCAGAGUACGUUAUAUUAGCAAACCAUGUAGUUUUAUUUCUGAAUAAUUAUAUUUCACUGAUUUGUUUUUUUUUUCUUUUUUAUGUUUUAUGCUUCUAAAAUAUAAAAUAUGCCCUUUAGGCAGUCAAAGGAAAAAUAGCAGGUGGUAUGAUGUCAGCUCAGCUCACACAAUCCUGUCAACAUUAAUUUUGAAUAAGAAAUAUGUUAGAACAUAUAAUAGUCUGUGGUUUGUGUGACAAUCAAAUCUGAAGAGCAAAACAUGAUGUAUGUUCCUUUCAGAAGUGACUCCAUAACUGCAGAAAUGCCCUGAACGUAACAAAACUGGUUUUCUUUGCUUGUUUUCGAUGUGAAGAAUUUCGCCCAAAUUCUUCACAUCUAAACGUGGUUCCUGAUUGUCUGAAAGGAAAAACCCUUGUCCACAACAGAACACAAAAGUUCCGAUCCACUGCAGUCGUGACCACCGCAGUGUUACUCAUUAGUUUAAGGUUGAGGCUGGUUAGAGUGCGCCAGCUGAUUAUUUUGAUUGCAGAUGUCUUGUAAUGAUGUUGCCAAACGAGCCAAGCUUGGGCCGUUUCUUAGAUAAUUGCAUUAAUUUGCGGCUUUUCAUUAGACUCACUGGAGGGCACAGAGUAUUGUUGAGGCAGUAAUGAAACACAUCAUCACACCCCUGGCGACUCUUAACAGGGCAGUUUUGCAGUUAUUUCUCUCACUGGGACCACCUGCUUCUGCUGUGCUGUAAACUAAAACGUGAAGCCAAGCUGCACCGCUCAAGCAUUGUGAUCGGAUAGAAACAGGAACAGCAAAAGGUGAAGUGGGGAAAAGGGAAUGCUGUGGUGCUCAGCUAACUUUCCCUAUUUGUUUAGAUUUUGUUAUCAUCAGGCCUGCUGCUGUGCUGUGACAGUGUGCAGCCGGAAAGUUACUCAAACCUCAUCUCUUGAGAGGUUUCCUGCUGGCUUUGCCAGACGACUGACAGUUCCUGGACUCUUAUACCUCAGUAAUCAAAUGUUCCUCAGCAGUCCAGUUGAACAUCAUGCUGACAUUUUCCGUCUCUAGUAUUUAUCUGUGUGUGUGUGUUGUAUUUCUGUUUUGUGUGAGCCACAGUUAGGCCAAAUGCCGUUCACUGAUCAUGCCAACAUUUACUUCCAACAUUUUUGUUCUUCCUCUGGACUUUCCCAUUUAUUAGCUCUCAGUUUUUACUUUUAUGUUCACAGUUUAGAUGUCCCUGCUAUUUGUCUGUAGGUUUUUUUAAUGUCCUUUUGCUAAAGAAACCUUUGGAUAAAUGUCAAAUAUCCUUAAAUGAAUCAAUAGAAACACUCGACUCUAAAGACAGCAGAUCAGAAACACUGGUUUGUCUAAGUUUUUAAGCUUUGGGGUUCCUUUAAACUGAGAUUUUAAGCUAUGCACCUAAUGUUUUAGAAAACUACGUUUAUUAUAUCUUUAAGGAAAUGUCCUUCUGUUUGUUGUGAGUUUUUUAAAGUUUUUUUUAAAGUUUUGUGGUUAAACAAAAUUGCAGAAGAUGCUGCCUAUAAAAGCUGCAUGAAAACCGCAUAAGUAAACAAAUGCCCUUUGCAGAUUUUGUUUUUUUUUUUGUUUCGAUUGUAUGAAAUAUUUUUAUUGAAAUAAAUACAGAAGUGCGUUGAUACUUAGCUCCUGCACUGAAGCAAAAAUAUUCAAUUAUUGUUGGAGUUAAACAUUGCACUUAGUGAUCCCUGUAAGUAAAGCAGGGCCCUCUAAGGUCACACAUUGUGGGAAAUGUUUGGGGGUGUUAUAGUUGUCCAAAGGGUCAAAUCGUCUGGCAGCCAUAAAGGAGGACAUUGAGAUGAAACCAGCUGCCAAUUAACAGGUUGUACAGAUUCUGUUUAUAUAUGGUCUGAGUGGUUAUUGUUUGCCCUGUUUUAUAAUGACUUUGUCGUCACUUUGUUGGUCAGCAGCUUUUACCUCUGUCUUUUUAUGCAAGUCGUUUCUUGUUUUGCAAAGGACUAAAACCAAGUGGUGAUGCAUUAACCUGUGAAAACCCUUGAGUGGAAAUCUGCCUUACAUUAACUGUGUCAUUAGCAGGUGGUCAAGCUGCACACCAGAACAGGAUUUGCUUUUAGCUUUGAAGAAUCCCUGCAUGUCCUCCCUCAAUGUGACUUUUUACAAAUUAAAAGUAAUCAGACUUUACUUUCACCUAGUUCCUAGAACCAACCAGGUGCUCCUUGUUUUUUAUCAACUACUGUAGAUUUAGAAGAGGAAACGGACUGAUUCGAUGUAAUUUCUAAUGGUUUAUGAGUUAUCCUUUGUUGCUGUUUGCAUUGAAAGUGCUGGCAGGAGGUUUGCUGUGCUGGCUUAUUUGUGGAGAUUAGAGCUAAUAUAUAAUGGUGAAGGAACGGAGUGGAUGUAGAUUGAUAGAAAGCAUUUGGAUGGCUGAAGGUGUGUGUGAGUUUUAGUUUGCCAAAGUUCUUUUUUGUCUAUGCAGCAUCACUGGUCCUGUUACUCUGACCGCUGAAUUCUGAAUACUCCUAAUGAUACGGUGCCUUAAAAAUGUGUUCUUGCUCUUGCACUUUAUCACAUUACAACCACAAACAUUAGUUUUAUGUGACAGACCAACACAAAGUGGUGUACAGACUAGAGCUGCAGGUGUUUAUUGUGACAUCACUGCCAGAGACGACUGUCGAUUUUCUCAGCAAAAUAGCUCAAGCUCAGUCAGAUUACAUGGAGAAUGUUUGCAGAAGUUUUUUCUCAAGUCUUAGUAAUUCCCAAUUGAAUUUAACUCAAGCUUUGAUUAGGCCAUUCUAACAAAUAUGGUGGCUUAAUCAUCUAUUGGUCAAAUUCAUAGUCACUGUUCAGAAGUGAAUCUCACAUUUUUCCCAUCCUCUAACAGGUGUUCCUCCAUGGGGUUGUUUGUGUUGCCCACCAAAGAUGUGUAUCCCACAGCAUGUUGCUGCCACCACGUUUCACACUGACAAGGGUGUGUUUGUUGUUUGAAACGUCCAAACAGAUGUUUAUGUUUUGAUCUAAGCCAUAGAUGUCUCCAUUCAGUUGAUCCAGAUCUCCUACGCCACCGUGUUACACCGGUGGCAUAGUGUGUCCUUUUCUGUUGUGUCAGGUUUGAUGUCUGACCGUGUCUUGGUAGGCUUCAGAGUUCUGCCAUACUAUUUCAAGAUCCUGGUGGAUUCUGUUUGCUUAUUAGGCAACUUUUGGUUGGACCGAACCUCAUGUAGUAUCAGAGUAAAAAAGACUUUAAACCACAAUUCUCGUAUUUUUGCAACAUUUCCCAAUCACUGUUCUCUGUUGGUCUGUUGUAUAAUAUUCCACUGAAAUACACUGAGGUUUGUGGUUGAAACAAAAAUAAGUGCGGAAAGGUUCGAGGAGCCUGAAUACUUUUGCAAAGCACUGUAAAUCUUUAUUCAGCAUUCAAAGCUACGAGCUGCAGUAAAUGCGCACAGCGGGGCCUCUUGUUUCACUAAAAUGAGCUCCAAACACUAAUACUAGUUUUUAUGAUAGUUUUGAACAUGUGUUUUUCUAAUUAAUAAGUACCCAGGCUUCCUUUCUUUGCACUGUUCAACCACACAGUCUGCAGGUUGAAGCCUCGGUGAGGCGUGUGGGAGGUAUAAUUCAUGCUCCGUUUGAUGUGAGACGGGGUAAAACCUCCCUAAGGCACAAUCCCCAGUUGUUGCAUCGCUCUGAAAUUCAUGCUAAACAGUUCUGGCGAACUUGAAAGAGUUCGAGCUGUAUGUUUAAGCAAUUAAUCUGUUGUUCUUAUUUAAAAGCGGCCAGAAGGAAGAAGCUGGCCUCUUAAGUUUCAUCUCAUUAUCGGCCUCACUGGCUUGAAGUGAGUCCAGACUUUUCUGUAACAGCCCGGUCUUGUUAUUCUGCCGUGCAGCGUGCCAUUCCCCUGGACUCCUCUGACCUCAGUCUGCUUUACUUUUUGACUGGUGUGCUUUACCUCACUACCAAACCACACAAACACGUGAAACCGAUAGCUGAAGGACCGAUUGUUAGAAAUCUGAGCCAUGAUACACAACAUGUCUGCACCUCAUAGACUGCCGGACUUCCAGCAAGAAUACUCUGUUGUGUUUUUGCCAGUAAAGAUCUGAAUUUCUGAAUACCGUUUGAACCUUUCUGUGUCUUUCAUAUGUACCAGAAACUACAAAGUUUUUAUACGUGUGUUGCCAUUAUUCCAGUUGCAGAUGUGCUUUCACAGCUACCGUUUGGUGUCGCUGGUUGUUGUUGUUUAUGGUCCUACGUUUAUGUUCAGCCCAGGCCUUCCCGCAGCCUUACAUGUUGAAAUAUGCAGAGACUUUCAGUGCAGAAGUCUGUUAAGCUUUCGUUCUCCGUAAACUCCAGCAGGUUGCUGAAACUAAGCCUCUUUUGCCUCUCCGCACUUUGCAAAGCUGCAAGCUUCUGUCCCACACCAGCUCUACUGUUUCAUCCUUUUGUUUAAUCCAAUGUACAGCAUGAUCUAUCAUGGUCAGUGAGCACAUUAGAUUGGGAAUUUAAGUCAUGCUGCUAGGAAAAAUUGUCUUUGUGUUUUGUUAUAAUUUUGAAUCCUCAUCAAAAGUCACGUUUUUUUUUUCUAUUAAACUUUCGAUAAAGUGUAAAAUUGGAUCUUCUGUUGUCAUUACUUUGGUUUCAUGUGUCAUCCAGAUUAAAAGGUUUAUUAUCCAUA